CUGUCGGUCACCAUUGUGUUGGGUGGCCCCACGGACUUUCUCGUACAUGUACCGGUACGGACCGGGACUCGACUGCACUCGUCGACUGACUCGACUCGACUCGACUCAUGACUACCGUCAGUGAAUGAAAAAAUGACCACCACCGGUUAGCUUGAAUGCCGACCGUUAGUUUGCCUCCCGACAGUUUAGGACCAAAAAAUUCAUUGUUUGGACACAAACCGAGGGCUCCGCCGCGAAGCUUCUAAAUAUUUUAUGCGAAUCGUGUGAUUCAUGUCAACAAGACUACAAACAUUUUGGUAACAGUUGUGUUGGCGGAUGCAUUUUUGUAUUGAUUCGUCGCAUUUGAUCUGGAUGCUCUGCCUCUGUCUUUGACAACCGCCACUUUUAGUCCCUUCCUUGAGUAUAAGUUGCGUGCAACGGACUUUAGAAGUACUGAUAGAUAACUUUGAAGAUGGCUGACGAAACCCCCCCUUGGGAUGAGGAUGAGUUGAUGGGUUCCACAAACAAAGAAAUGCCUUCUCGUUGGGCGCAGUACGAAAAUCCGACCAUGUCGGAGACUCACGAAGCCAAUGUCAGGGCUGUUGAGCUUGCGGCGGAGCGAGUUGCAAACUCCCCGGUGCGUUCUGGUAUGUCAACUCCGAGUGAUAUUGAAUCUGAUGAAGACAGUGAAGAGGGAUAUGAUGAUGAUGAAGCCAUUCGUCUUGAAGCCUUGAAAAUGUUGGAGAUUGCCGACGAUCACCUCUCGACGCCUUAUUCUGUCCGAAAGACGCAGAGUGGCGGAUUCUCUGCCUCCUACAGUGGUGGCUUUAGCGGAAGUCGCAGUAGCCUCGGUGGCUUGGGAUCAGGCCAUGGCAGUAACAGCAGCAGCCGCCGAUCCAGUACCAGUAGUUCCAAGCGCGUUCCUUCCGCUUUGGCUGGACUUGACUUCACCAAGCGUUCUUCCAGAUCUGCCUCCUACACUUCCAGUCCUCGAUCUGCCUUCCCCGGUAAAGACGGAGAUGACGAAGAAAAUAAUAUCCCUUCUUAUGCCGAAGAAGACGCCCUCGUCGAUGUCAUUGAAAUGGAAAACAAUGGAGGAACCAUGCCCAAAAAGGAAAGCAAGUGGUCCUCUAGGUACUCUAUUGACCACACCCUAUUGGCCUUGUCGGGCGGACGCAGUCGCAGCGCCAACGUCAAAGAUGUCCUCAAUCACAUGGAACGGGAAACUGACAGAGAAGUCAAAACUCACCGCAACCUGUUCAUAGCCAGUCCUCAUGAUUCGCCUAGCGUCUUUGGAUCUGGUGGAUUCAGCUUUCGUGACGGCUUUGGAAAGAAGCCCACCACCACCCCUGCCACUGCCACCACUACGUACUCACCCGAUCUGGAUAGAGGAGCCAACAUCAUGGCGGCCUUUGGAAGCCGUGAUCUAGACUCCAAUGGCAGGUCCUUGACACCUCCCGAACCCCGCAAGACGUGGCAAGAACAAUUGGAACGCAAAAAGAGACAGCAGCGUCGUUGGGCCAUCCUAUCUGCUUCACUCUGUAUCGCUGUUGGCCUCCUUAUUGGAAUGCUUGUCUCUCGGUCAACAGCAGGCCAGACAAAGGCUGCCAAGACAUUUGCUUCCACUGCAACCAGUACCGGCUCGGCAGGCCAAGAGGGUCUUCCAGACAUUGUCUUCUAUGUCACGUCCGACUCUCCCUAUGAUAGUAGCGAAGAAGAAAAGCUCAGCGCUGAUCUCGAAGCCUUGCCCAGUGAUGCUCACUUUGUGGCGCAUUUGGGUAACAUUCAGAACUCGGCCGUCACCUUGUGCUCGGAAUCACGAUACUCUCGCGUCAAGGAUGUCCUCCUACAGAGUCCUGUUCCCAUGUUUAUCGUGCCUGGCGAAGAAGAUUGGAACAACUGUCCCAAUCCUGACGAUGCCUGGGAGACAUGGCAAGCCAACUUUGAAUCGUUUGAAGCCAACUUUGAUCACAACUUUAUCGUCAACCGGCAAAUGCGUCGAAAGGAGAACUUUGCCUUUCUCUUCAAGGAUGUCCUCUUUUUGGGAUUGCACCUUGUGGGAGGACGCAUGACCAGCCAAGAGGAGUGGACUCGACGAUUGAAUGACAAUGUCAAUUGGAUGGAGUCCAUGGUAUCCAUGAAUCAGGACAACUUCCAAAAGAUUGUCCUGAUGGGCAAUGCUCGUCCGGGACCUCAACAACGAAGGUUCUUCAAUCGUAUGGCAGAAUUCUUGGGAUCUUACGAGUUGCCCAUCAUUUACAUUCAUGCAAACUCGGGAGUCGGUGGUGUCAUGCAGUACAGUUUGUUUGACUCGGACUACAUUGAAGGGCUGCAGAUUGAAGAUGGGGGACUAAACCCUCCCCUUCGCAUCUCGAUCUACGCGGGAGAGGAACAGCCAUUCGUGGUGGGGUAAAGUAGUGGUGAGGCGGCCAAGCGCCCUUCUGAGGAUUCGAUUCAGUUUGUACAGACUCGACUCAUGACACGUGCAGAACAAAAAAGAUGAUUUCGUGACGAAGGAUUUCACGUUCACAAGAAACUUAAAAACAAGUAUACCAGGAUAUUUGAUGGCUUUCUCCUACUCUAGUGCAUGAAUCGCUGGGCAGCUAACUACUUUAAUCACAGAAUAGGAAAAAUGAAAGAACUGAACGAGCUGUUUGCUCGGUACGGUACUGUAUGGGCAAUAGAGAAUGUGAUUUGCCCACUCCAAGGCAGAGAAAAGAAGAAGAAAAGCUAACUAAAUCAUCGAUAGUCAACUCAAAGUACGGUAGGGGUGCAUUGCAUGGAAGGGCACCCACUCUGUGUACCGUACGGUACAUGUACAGAAUGUGUACUAGUAGAUGAUGCAGUGCGCCUCUGCGAUCAUCUUCCAAACAACUUAAAAUAGCAAUAAUAUUAUUAUU